AUGGCCGAGGCUGAGCCUGAGGAAACCGAGGACCCAAGGUUGAAGACCCAAGGAUGCCGGAAGAUUCUCGAGACCCUCGAGGCGGCUAUUGAACAAUUCCAAUACAACCCCAGAUUUACUAUUUCAGAAGAUUUAAAGGUUGGCUUUUUCACCUCAGAUCAUGCUACUCAGACAGAUUGCAGUGAAAUUUUGCCAUUGAAAGAUUUGACUCAAUCAACAGAAAAGUUAAUACAGAUGAUUACAUCACUUCAGGUGGAUUUUGGAUUCCUCAAAGAUUUGGUUCAGCUGAAGUUCGAGGACCGACUUAAAGAGGAGUCUUGGAAAAUCGUCAGUGUGCUUAAUGACAGGAUUUUAGAAAUGAAAAAAUAUUAUCGACAGGCUGAAGAUGUCCUGAGAAAAAGCUAUCAACAGCAGCUGAGUGAUGCCAUAGCUGUUGUCAAAGGAAUGUACAAGAAAUUCUUCGAAAUAGAAGCAGAAAAAGCUGCACUACAGGAUGCAACAAACAUCAAAAUGAAUGUUUUAGCAAGAAAACUGAAGGAGAAAGAAGAAAUUCUUAAGGGUUUGAGGGAUGAACUAGAACAAUAUGAAGAGAUUGGACUUAGCAAGAGUGAAACUUUUGCCGGGGAGACCGGCUCUCCGAAGACAUUCUCAGAAAAGGAAAUGAUGGAAUACAAGAUGGAGAAUGAGAGGCUGCAGCAAGUGAUCGCAGUCUUGGAAGAGGAAGCACAAAUGAACCUGAAAGAAAAUUCAAUGUUAGAGGAUGAAAUUAUGUAUCUGAAAGAGAUGGCAGACCAGGAUCAGCGAAAUAUUCAAAAGUUAAUGGACAGUAGAGACAGAUUGAGAUAUGAGCUGGAUUGCGAAAAACUUGCCAUGCAAGAUUUGAUCAAUAAGCAGAAAGAAGACAUGGAAAUAAGAAGGAAGUAUGCCAGCAUCAGCACCAAGAAAACAACCAAGGGAAGAGAUUCUGCUUUUUACUUACGGCCUUCAAGUCGUCAAUCCAAGAGCGUGACGUUAUCUGAAGAUGGACAUGUUAUAAGGCCACCUUCUGCUUCCCUCAGUGUAUCACCGAAGCUAAAAAGGAAGUUUUCAAAGAAAUAUGUUGGUGCCGCCGUCGUUCCUAGCUCUGCUGCUCCUGAAGCAGCUGCUGCUCCUGAGGCAGGUGCUGCUCCUGCUCCAGCUCCUGGUGCAGCUCCUGGUGCAGCUCCUGGUGCAGCUACUGUUCCUGUCGCUCUUCUCACCACGCCUGUUGGUUCUGUUGUUACCGAUUUCGUUGGAAAGGCCGAUAAGGAAAAGCAUGUUACAUUUCUAAUACCUCACCUGGUGCCUGAAGAAGUAUUGCUAAAAUUACAGGCGCUUAAGGAUGAAGACAAAAAAGCUUUACAGGAUCAGAUACAGAAAUUAAAAACUGAAUUAGAGAAUGAAAAGAAGAAGAUGGAGAGGUUUAGAAAGGAUGCUGAUCGGAUCAACAAAAACUGGGAGAGGAAAUUUAUCAUCCUCAGGAACAGCUUCCAUAUUCUAAAGGAUGAAAUGUUUACUAGACACACACUUUUCCGGCAAUUUGCAAUGAUUGCUGACACCUCCUUCAAUUACAUUAGAGUCAAGCCUUUGUAUGUACACUCUGCAAUGAAUUUGUCAGAGACACCAUCUCCUACAAGUGUUUAUCACUCAUCCAUGAUGGAGCACAAGUAUAUGGACGUAUCCAAUGACGAGGUGUCCUUUGCACACUUGCCAAAAGGGGAGAACCCGAAAACCUGUCCUGGAAGCCGGGGGACCGCCACACAGCUUGACUCCCUCAAGCAAAGUGCCCGCGCCUCUCCAAAGCAAUGCCAGCGCAACAGGUUGUUUGGAACUAAUGCGGACACGCCAGGAAAUCUGCUGGCAUUGAUCUGCGGGGAUCAUCCAGAGGCCAAGCCUCUCCGGGAAGCAACAGUAGACCCCCAAGAGUCCGAAAGUGGGGUCAGCAAGAAGCUUGUGCCCCGGCCACUGUUGCCGCUAGACCAGGCGCUAGGGCCACCAAGCAAAAACAGCAAGCCAACAAUCUGCGCUCCUGGCCACCCGGCUCUCGGCACCCGGAGUACCCGAGGCUCCCCGCGGAGCCAGGGGGCGGCAGUGACCCCCGGCCUCCUUAGAGGAAGCCUAGGGCCGGAAAAACGGGCCUCCUCCCGGCCGAUGGCCCCCAGUUCAACUCGCCGCUUCCGGGAUCCCCUCUUGGAGACUUCCAUGCGCAAAGAUAGCAGAACGGCGGAGAGCUGGAGCCAAGCAGCAGCUUCCAGCCUCCGGGGAGGACAGACAGCACCUGAACCCCGACUUUUCGGGUAG